AUGCAAACACAGCGCACAGAUCUCACCUUCUCUCGCUCAGGUACAGGGACGCGCAGAAGGGGGAGCGACGUGAUUACGCAGACGGGUCUCCCCAAGUCGCGCUCCUACGAUUCCUCGCUCAGACUCGGAGAGGUUCUGUCUGCAGCACGGAUGAUUGGUGGCUGUGCUUUGUGUGUGUGUGUGGGCUGGAGAAUGUGGGGGCGGACUGCAGCGCGCCAUCUGACCGAAAAAGAGCCUUCCUCUCCCGGUUACAGAGGCGGCUUUCAAAGUGGAGCAGUGGGCGGUGGGCGUGGGGGGGAUGAAAUUAACCCUCUGCUGCGACUUUCAAGAUGCGAUCCUCCUUCUCUCCUCCUCCUGCUGCUCCUGCUGCUGCUGCUGCUGCUGCUGCUGCUGCUGCUGCUGCUGCUGCUGCUGCUGCUGCGACAGAGUUCCCCUGUGGCACCGCUAGAGGCGCUGCUGCUCCGCGUCCACACAGCGCAGCGCAGCGUAGAGCAAGAGCCUGGAAGGAAGUGGCUAAAAUAA